AUGGGUUCGGCUGACGACUCCGAUAAAUCCUCCCGCCAACAGGAGUUAGAUGAUCUCUACUCCAACAUCCACGACAUCAAGGACUCGCUGACGGCGCUUGCCGGCAAUGUCGCCAACCUUCUCCGGGACAUCGUGUUUGACUACAACGACAAAGUGAGAGAGCGGCUGAAGGACUGGCUUACCGACCUUUCCCAGGAGGAGAGCGCCCAAUUGAAGGACUUCCGCGACAAGUUCGAUGCGUUUUUCAACGGCAAGGGCCCGACGCUGGAGCUCCAGGGCCCCUUUGGCGCCAUCGGUAGUAUCAUGCACCAAGGGGUGUUUGACACGCUUGAGUCGACGUUGGACAGUGUGUUUUCCUCUGCCGAUGUGUUUGGUGGUGCUGGCAGAUCUCCCUUUGGUCUUUGGGCCAAGAACGGCCCGCUGGCGGCAGCGUACGAUGCCUGUGUCAAGGCUGAUGGCGCCCAGGUGUGGGACCAGCGCGGGUGGUGGCGGUGCUUGUUCCCUAACGCCAAGGUGCCUACCGACUAUUUGAAGUUUAAGAAUGAACGGUUAUCGCUGUCGAUCUUGACUAAAGACGACUUGACGCUGGCGAUGACUGAGGCCAACAUCGACUCCAACGCCGAUACCAUUGAUCUUGGUCCCAAGGGGGUGUUCUUCCGCCACUACGAAGGGCUCUUGAAGUGGAAGCAACAGAACUGGCUCCAAGUGAAGCAACAGGCCCAGCAACAAGCUCAGCAAAAGGCUCAGUCGCUGGCGCUCACCUGGCCGCUGUCAUCGACGGAGUUGGCCAAGACCGACACCGACGACCAGCCCCGCGUGGUGCUGACGCUGGUGCUGCUGAGCUACACCACUAACCCCGACACCAACAUGAUGGAAUGGUUUGAAGAACGCUCGGAGACCAACGCUGACGGUAAGCGUACGGUAACUACGGUGAAGCGCCAACGCCCGGUCGACGGUGGCGACUGGCAAGUGGUGGAAGAGAACACCACCAACGACGAGGCCAAGGGAUGGUUCUGGAAGUAA